CUUUCACUCCUUGGUUGUUUUGCAAUUCUUCCUGUGCAAGGUCCGCACCCUGGCAGCACCUAGCUGGCUUCACAGAGCCGGUGGCAGGUGGCCAGGCCGCCCCGCUUGGCUUCCCUGAGCCCUCACCCCACUCCUGGCAGCGAGGGGUGCUCAGAGGAGCCUACCCUAGGGGAUCCUGUGGGUAGCGGUGAGGCAGAGGGGCUGUAUCCUCUCUCCAGGCAGCAGCAGGAGGGACAAAGACAGCGGGAAGGUCUCAUUGCUUCACCUCAAAGAGCCAAACUCGCCGCUCCCAGCUGGGAGGUGACGCAGCGGUGCCGGGGCCGCCUGGGCAGCCGGCCCAGUGCUGGGAGCUACCGGAGCAGUGCCUGGACGGCUGCGAUAGACUGGAGUGGCCCCGUGAACACGUCCCGAUAGACCCGUGCUGAGUCACGGCUGGGAGGCCCCACAGCUUCCCCCUCCCCGGCGGCAGAUCCCGGCCCUCGCCCCAUCGCUCCUCCCCGCUUGAAAAAGGAAGGAAAGGGCGAGCCCCAGCCCUCCCCGGGGUGUGAGCGCAGUUGAGUUGCCCGAGCCGCCCAAAGUCUCCUGCCGGAGCUCUGCAGAGCACGGACGGACUCACCACAGUUCCACAUCCCGCAGUUCCUCCCUGUGCUGCCAGGAUGGACGGUCGACAGGACAACACCAAGGAGCCCGAGAUCGAGCUGUUUGUGAAGGCUGGUCUGGAUGGAGAAAACAUUGGAAACUGCCCCUUCUGCCAGCGACUCUUCAUGGUGCUGUGGCUCAAAGGGGUCAAGUUCAACGUCACCACAGUGGACAUGACCAGGAAACCUGAAGAGCUGAAAGAUUUAGCACCAGGCACCAACCCACCUUUCUUGCUGUUCAACAAAGAGCUGAAAACAGACUUCAUUAAGAUUGAGGAGUUCCUGGAGCAGACCCUGGGCCCACCCACGUAUCCACACCUGAGCCCUAAGUACAAGGAGUCCUUCGACGUGGGCAGUGACAUCUUUGCCAAGUUCUCAGCUUACAUCAAGAACCCACGCAAGGAAGCCAAUAUCACUUUUGAGAAGGCCCUGCUGCGGGAGUUCCAGCGGCUGGAUGUCUACCUGAACACUCCUCUGCCCGAGGAGAUCGACCAGGACAGCGUGGAGGAUAUCACUGUCUCCAAGAGGAAAUUCCUGGACGGAGACCACCUGACGCUGGCUGAUUGCAACCUGCUACCCAAACUGCAUAUCAUCAAGAUUGCAGCCAAGAAGUACCGCGACUUCGAGAUCCCGGCAGGCAUGACGGGGGUCUGGCGGUACCUCAACAACGCCUACGCCUGCGAUGAGUUCAGCCACACGUGUCCUGCCGACGAGGAGAUAGAGCAUACCUACGCCAGCGUCGCCAGGAAGAUGACCUAACCCCCGCGUGCUGGUGGCACCGCCCCGGCCGAGCCCUCCCGCUCUGCGGUCCCGACACAGCCCAGCCCCAGCCGAGGGAGGGACUGGAGGGGGUUUAGGUCAUCGCUGCCCCUCGCCUGUCAGAAAUAUCGCCCUGCUUCACGGCCUCCCGCUGCUCUCCCUCCUCCUCCUCCUCCUG